GAAACAAAUAUCGGGACCUGAACUGGCAACGUUUGUUCAAAGAUUAAUUAUGUCGGGUCAGAGUGCGAUCGGCGCAUUCGUGUAAUUCUUUUGGAAUAUAUCCUGAUUUUACUUCACCAUCAUCAAGAAGCGUCAGCAUCAGGACCAGCACCGCCGCCACCAUAAUAAUCCACAGCAGAACACAGUCAAACCUGUUCCAAAUGUUUCGGACGUAUGUCACUGGGACGUAACUCAACAAUCCUCCUCCAGUCUUUUGGGCCAAUAAGGGAUUUUAUGAAGCAGGUUUCAGUCGAGUUGACAUGGAGAUCACACGCAGAUUUUCUUCACGACUGUUGGACGAGAUGCGUGUAAAGCUCAGAGGAUCCCGCGUCAUUGUUACCCGGGAAUGAAUGACCGGAAGCGAUCGGGAUGUUAAAGAAGAGACCGGCAUGAAAUGCAAUCGCCGACUACAUGAAUUUGACAGCACAUCUUUGCGAAAGACGGCAGAUUUACAAAUUAAAUAGGCACAUAUCAACAAUUUUAACAGAUUGCAGACCCGAAGCUCACUGGCGACAGUAAAUACCGUGAAGAAACACAUUGGGAAGUAUGGUCCUUCUUACGUAAGACGCUAGAGGUUAAUCUCCAAGGUGCACAAUGAAAAGAUGGCGCAGCCACUGCUUGCACCACCAGGACCAGACAGCCUCCGCCUUUUUACCCGAGAAUCUCUUGCAACUAUUGAGAGAUGCAUUGCAGAGGAAAAAGCCAAGAAGCCCAAGGACCAUCAUGUGGAUGACGAUGAAAAUGGCCCAAAACCAAAUCGUGAUUUGGAAGCCGGUAAAUCAUUACCAUAUAUUUAUGGUGAUAUACCUCCAGGGAUGGUUUCUGAGCCAUUGGAAGACCUGGACCCAUUUUACAGCACACAAAAAACCUUUAUAGUAUUGAACAAAGGGAAGGCAAUCUUCCGAUUUAGUGCCACACCUGCCUUGUACAUUUUAAGUCCUUUCAAUCCAUUAAGGAAAUUAGCUAUUAAGAUUUUGGUACAUUCAUUGUUCAGCAUGCUUAUCAUGUGCACUAUUAUGACCAAUUGUGUGUUUAUGACCCUGUAUAAUCCUCCAGACUGGACGAAGAAUGUAGAGUACACCUUCACUGGUAUUUACACAUUUGAAUCGCUUAUAAAAAUUCUUGCCAGGGGCUUCUGUAUAGAUAAUUUCACUUUUCUCCGAGAUCCGUGGAACUGGUUGGAUUUCAGUGUCAUCCUUAUGGCGUAUGUAACAGAAUUUGUAAACCUAGGCAAUGUUUCAGCUCUUCGAACUUUCAGAGUAUUGAGAGCUUUGAAAACUAUUUCUGUAAUACCAGGUCUCAAAACCAUCGUGGGUGCCCUGAUCCAGUCAGUGAAGAAGCUGUCCGAUGUAAUGAUUCUGACUGUUUUUUGUUUGAGCGUGUUUGCACUAAUAGGGCUGCAACUGUUCAUGGGAAACCUAAAACAUAAAUGCGUGCGAUGGCCACCACCUGCCAGCUAUUAUAUCCCAACUAACACAUCUUUAAGCCAGAAUGAUACGAUGACAAAUGAAACAGAAUUCAUAUUCAACUUCGAUGAAUACAUCGAAGAUCAACGAAAUCACUAUUUUUUGGAAGAAGCCAAAGAUGCACUUUUAUGUGGUAAUGGCUCAGAUGCUGGUCAAUGCCCUGCAGGUUACGUAUGUCUGAAAGCUGGAAGAAACCCUAAUUAUGGUUAUACUAGCUUUGACACAUUUAGUUGGGCAUUCCUGUCAUUGUUUCGGCUCAUGACCCAGGACUACUGGGAAAAUCUCUACCAGUUGACCCUGCGAGCUGCUGGCAAAACAUAUAUGAUAUUUUUUGUGUUGGUUAUAUUCCUGGGAUCUUUUUACUUGGUCAACUUGAUUCUGGCUGUUGUAGCCAUGGCCUAUGAUGAGCAAAACCAGGCUACUUUAGAGGAAGCUGAACAGAAAGAGGCAGAAUUUCAGCAGAUGCUUGAACAACUUAAAAGACAUCAAGAAGAAGCACAGGCUGCAGCCGCUGCUGCAGCUGAGGCAGGAGAUGAAAAUGGAAGAAUUGGACUAUGUGAAAUGUCCCACAGUUCCUCAGAUGCAUCAAAGCUUAGUUCAAAGAGUGCAAAGGAGAGGCGAAACAGAAGGAAGAAACGAAGACAAACCGAGCUAGAUGCCGAGGAAAAGGAUAAAGGUGAAAGGGCUCACAAGUCAGAAUCAGAGGACAACGGAAGAAAGGGAAAUGGUUUCCGGUUUUCUCUCGAUCGCAACUGUCUUUCUUACGAAAAGAAAAAUUCUUCCCCACAUCAGUCACUACUAAGUAUUCGUGGCUCCAUCUUUUCUCCAAGACGCAACAGCAGAAGCAGCAUCUUCAGUUUUAAAGGACGGACUAAAGAUGUCGGGUCAGAAAAUGAUUUUGCUGAUGAUGAGCACAGCACUUUUGAAGACAAUGAAAGCAGAAGGGGCUCACUCUUUAUUCCACGGAGGCAGGGUGAGAGACGCAGCAGUAACAUUAGUCAGACCAGUAGGUCAUCCAGGAUGCUACCAGUGCUUCCAGUGAAUGGGAAGAUGCACAGCACAGUGGACUGCAAUGGAGUAGUUUCACUAGCCGGUGGACCUUCAACUCCAACAUCACCCAUUGGACGACUUCUGCCAGAGGUGAUAAUAGAUAAGCCAGCUACUGAUGACAAUGGCACAAAUACAGAAACAGAUCUGAAGAAGAGGCGAUCAGGAUCUCAUCAAUUUUCUAUGGAUUUUCUAGAAGAUCCUAUACAAAGGCAGAGAGCGUUGAGUGUGGCCAGUAUUCUCACAAAUACUAUGGAAGAACUUGAAGAAUCACGACAGAAGUGUCCUCCAUGCUGGUAUAAAUUUGCAAAUACCUUCUUGAUCUGGGAUUGCCAUCCAUACUGGCUAAAAAUAAAGAAAAUUGUUCAUUUAAUUGUGAUGGACCCCUUUGUGGAUCUUGCUAUUACUAUCUGCAUUGUGCUGAACACUGCCUUUAUGGCGAUGGAACAUUACCCAAUGACAAAGAGCUUUGAAGAUGUACUCACAUAUGGGAAUUUGGUAUUUACUGGCAUCUUUACUGGUGAAAUGAUUUUCAAAAUCAUUGCCCUGGAUCCUUAUUAUUACUUCCAAGAAGGGUGGAAUAUUUUUGAUGGCAUCAUUGUAAGUCUCAGUCUAAUGGAACUUGGUCUCGCUAAUGUGGAAGGACUAUCUGUGCUGCGAUCUUUCCGAUUGCUCAGAGUUUUUAAAUUGGCAAAGUCAUGGCCGACCUUGAACAUGCUGAUUAAAAUUAUUGGCAACUCAGUAGGUGCUUUGGGCAACUUGACUUUGGUGUUGGCCAUCAUUGUCUUCAUCUUUGCUGUGGUGGGCAUGCAACUGUUCGGUAAAAGCUACAAGGAGUGUGUCUGUAAAAUUGAGAAGACCUGUAAACUUCCUCGCUGGCACAUGAACGACUUCUUUCAUUCCUUUCUAAUUGUGUUCCGUGUGUUGUGCGGAGAAUGGAUUGAGACAAUGUGGGACUGCAUGGAAGUAGCUGGACAAUCAAUGUGCCUCAUUGUCUUCAUGAUGGUCAUGGUAAUUGGUAAUCUUGUGGUAUUGAAUUUAUUUUUGGCUUUGCUGCUGAGCUCAUUCAGUGCUGACAACCUUGCUGCUACAGAUGAUGACAGUGAAAUGAAUAACCUACAGAUUGCUAUGGGGAGGAUACAGAGAGGCAUUGAUUAUGUUAAAAGGAAUGUGCGAGAAUUAAUUCACAGAGCCUUUAUCAGGAGGAAAGUCACAGAAGACAUCAAACCUCUUGAUGAUUUGCAUAGCAAGAAAGACAUAUAUAUUUCUGAUCAUGCAACUGUUGAAAUCACGAAAGAUGUUGACUAUCAUAAGGAUGGAAAUUGCACCACCAGUGGAAUCGGCAGUAGUAUGGGCAAAUACAAUGCUGAUGAAAGUGACUACAUGUCUUUUAUUCACAAUCCAAGCCUCACUGUUACUGUUCCAAUAGCUUUGGGAGAGUCAGACUUUGAAAACCUUAACACAGAAGACUUCACUAGUGAAUCAGACCUAGAAGGUAGCAAAGAGAAACUGGCUGAAAGCAGUUCAUCAGAAGGGAGCACUGUUGACAGGGAUCCACCUGGAGAGGGAGACCAACCAGAAGAAGUACCAGAAGAAUCUAUGGAACCUGAAGCAUGCUUUACUGAAGGAUGUGUACAAAAAUUCCCAUACUGCUAUGUCAACAUAGAAGAAGGCAGGGGCAAAUCGUGGUGGAAUCUCCGGAAGACCUGCUACAGAAUAGUUGAACACAAUUGGUUUGAGACAUUCAUUAUUUUCAUGAUUCUGCUUAGCAGCGGUGCCCUGGCAUUUGAAGAUAUUUACAUUGAACAAAAGCAUAACAUCAAGUCAAUGCUGGAAUAUGCUGAUAAAAUCUUCACCUACAUCUUUAUUCUGGAAAUGUUGCUGAAGUGGGUGGCAUAUGGCUUUGUGAAGUAUUUCACAAAUGCUUGGUGUUGGCUGGACUUUCUCAUUGUUGACGUGUCUUUGGUGAGCCUUGUAGCUAAUGCUCUGGGCUACUCAGAACUAGGUGCUAUUAAGUCCCUUCGGACACUAAGAGCUUUAAGACCUCUUAGGGCCUUGUCACGUUUUGAAGGCAUGAGGGUGGUCGUCAAUGCACUUCUUGGAGCAAUUCCUUCCAUUAUGAAUGUGCUGCUUGUCUGCCUGAUAUUCUGGCUCAUUUUCAGUAUAAUGGGUGUAAAUCUUUUUGCUGGAAGAUACUACCACUGUAUCAAUAUAACUGAUGGAACGCAAUUCCCCAUCAAGAUUGUUAACAAUAAAACUGAUUGUGAGCAGCUUAAUGAAACCGCACGAUGGAAAAAUGUGAAGAUCAACUUUGACAAUGUUGGAGCUGGCUACCUUGCCUUACUACAAGUGGCAACAUUUAAAGGAUGGAUGGAGAUCAUGUUUGCAGCUGUUGAUUCAAGAGGUGUGAAGGAGCAGCCUGACUAUGAAUGCAAUCUGUACAUGUACUUUUAUUUUGUCAUCUUCAUCAUCUUUGGAUCUUUCUUCACUCUAAAUCUAUUUAUUGGUGUUAUUAUUGACAACUUCAAUCAACAGAAGAAAAAGAUAAGAGGUCAAGAUAUUUUCAUGACUGAAGAACAGAAGAAAUAUUACAAUGCUAUGAAAAAACUUGGCUCCAAGAAACCGCAGAAACCAAUACCGAGGCCCUUGAACAAGAUUCAAGGAAUGGUGUUUGAUUUUGUAACUCAGCAAGCCUUUGAUAUCACCAUCAUGAUUCUCAUCUGCCUUAACAUGGUCACCAUGAUGGUGGAGACAGAUAAUCAAAGUAAUAAGAUGGAUGAUGUCUUAUAUUGGAUCAACUUGGUUUUCAUUGUCCUUUUCACAAGCGAGUGUGUGCUCAAACUUAUUGCACUCCGCUAUUAUUACUUUACAAUAGGCUGGAAUACUUUUGACUUUGUGGUGGUCAUUCUUUCUAUUGUAGGUAUGUUCUUAGCUGAAAUCAUUGAAAAAUACUUUGUGUCACCAACGUUAUUUAGAGUUAUCCGACUUGCCAGAAUUGGUCGCAUCCUGCGUUUAAUCAAGGGUGCUAAGGGAAUCCGUACACUGCUGUUUGCAUUGAUGAUGUCUCUUCCUGCAUUAUUCAACAUUGGUCUCUUAUUGUUCUUAGUCAUGUUCAUUUAUGCCAUUUUUGGGAUGUCUAAUUUUGCUUAUGUGAAGAAGGAGUCAGGCAUUGAUGACAUGUUCAACUUUGAAACUUUUGGGAACAGCAUGAUCUGCCUGUUUCAGAUCACUACAUCUGCUGGCUGGGAUGGGUUAUUGGCUCCUAUUUUAAAUAGUGGGCCACCAGAUUGUGACCCAACAAAAGAUAACCCAGGCAGCCCUAUAAAGGGAGAUUGUGGUAAUCCAUCAGUAGCAAUUUUAUUCUUUGUCAGUUACAUCAUAAUAUCUUUCUUGAUUGUCAUAAAUAUGUAUAUUGCUAUUAUCCUGGAGAAUUUCAGUGUUGCUACAGAGGAAAGUGCUGAACCACUGAGUGAGGAUGACUUUGAAAUGUUUUAUGAAGUAUGGGAAAAAUUUGAUUCAGAUGCAACUCAAUUUAUGGAGUAUAGUAGAUUGCAUGAUUUUGCAGAUGCCUUGGAACCACCUCUUCGUGUUGCAAAACCCAACAGAAUACAACUUAUAGCUAUGGACUUGCCCAUGGUUAGUGGAGAUAGAAUUCACUGUCUUGAUAUUUUGUUUGCAUUUACAAAACGUGUGCUUGGUGAGGGUGGAGAAAUGGAUGCUCUUCGACAACAGAUGGAAGAACGCUUUAUGGCAUCCAAUCCUUCCAAGAUAUCCUAUGAGCCAAUUACAACCACUUUGCGACGUAAACAGGAACAUGUUUCUGCAACUAUAAUUCAGAGAGCUUUCAGACGAUACCUGAUUAGGCGAACAUUGAAACAAGCCUCUUUCAUGUUCAAAGAAAAAGGUAAAACAAGUGAGCUACUACCUGGCAAAGAAGAAAUGGUAAUAGAUAAGUUUAAUGAAAUGUCCACUACAGACAAAACUGAUAUGACUCCUUCUACCACAUCACCACCAUCCUAUGACAGUGUAACAAAACCAGAGAAAGCAAGAGAGGAGAAAGAAAAAGAAGAUAGAGGCAAAGAUGUAAGGGAGUAUAAAAAGUAAAAUGCAAACAAAUAAAAAUAUACUUAUAUGACAUUGUUUACAGCCUUUUAAGUGUGACCCAACUGUAUGAACAAGAUUCCAUUUGGAGAUUUAUGCCAAACUGACAAUUAAUACAUACAAGGUCAGUGCCUAAAAAGGCAGUGAUCUGUAUCAGGAGACUGUGACUCUGUACAGCAGGGGGAGUCAGCAACCUAGAUAGGAGGUUACUGUUUCCACUACCAGUUGACACUGCUGAAGAGGAAAGUCAAAAUGGCUACUAAGACUGUAGGGACGAGACAAAGGGACCAGAAAAUUUUACAUGUAUGUGUGUCAUUAAAUGUCAGACAAUAGUACCUUUUAUCCCUGUAUUUUGCAUUCCAGUUGCCACAGUUCCACAGUUUAUACCAGGCCCAUAACAAUUCACAUUAUUUUAUAAUUCAUAAGUAUAGUAUACGUGACUAUUUUUCUAAAUGGGAAUGGGGCUUUAUGUUUUUGGGAAGGGGUUUCAAGCAGUACUUUUAAGUUAAGAGGUUCAUCCCACAACUUUAGGAAAAUGUGUUAAACAUGUACAAAAAUGUUUUGCAUGGAAGCAUGCCACACUCAUUCAUUGUGCAUGAGAAUCCAUUAACUCAUAAAUCAAACAAGAUUUUUUUUCUAUCUAGUGUUUCAGGGUGGCCCUGAUGUCAAGGUGCUUUACUAAAUGUGUUGUGCUCUAUUUGAACAGUUCUAAUAUGUGCCUGUUAGCUAAUUAUAACCCCUAAACUGAGAGUUAAUGGGUAUUUUUAUGUGGAACAUUUGCAGACAACUCUCAGCUACAAUUUUAGUGCAAGUUCUGGACACAAACACUAUUUGUUCCUUUUAUACUGCCAUGGGUGAAUAUAAUCAAAGAAAUGCAGAGGGAUCUGCCCAACAAAUCUGAAUUGACCAGAAUUGAACAUUACUGAAAAUUCUGUGCUUUAUCCUGCAGUAUUGUUUAGCCAUCUUCAGCUCUCAGCAGGAUUGAUAUUAAACAUGACAAAUAAAUCCCUCUGUUGUGUAAAUAAUUGUUUCACACUGUGGUGCAUAUUUGAGCAAAAUAUAACCAAGGGCAAUCUUUGCAUCAAAUAUGCACCACACUAAGUCUAGUUUGCAAAUUUUGCCAGGUAAUAUGAUGUAUUCUGUAUCUUUAUACAUAGUUCCAAUGCUGUCACUGGUGCAUGUUUAUAUUGCCUUUGCUGCUGUACACUGUUCCUUCCACUGUCGAGAAGUGUUUGAUAAAUGGGAAGUAAUAAGCCAGUGGUAAACUGAGAAAUUGCUCAAUAUGACCUCACUCCUCCUAGUUUGCAGCUAAGAAGCUUUUCUUUACAUUUGAAUUUCCUGAUUAACAUGGAUAAUGUUAUGUUGUAAGAUCAGACUUCACAGGAUAUCUUGCAAAUUGCCUGAAAUGCUCAAAUAUGUGGUUGGAUUUUCUAAGAAAAAUAUAAAUACUGUACAAAUUCAUUUUAUUUUACUUUUCAGCAUUUGUACAUAUAAAAAAGCUGAGAAUUAAUUCAGGUCAGUACUACAGUCACUUUUUUUUAACGUUGAUCCAUAGCACUUUUUCUUCGAUAAACUUCCCAAAAAGAAAAACAAGAACAGCCAAUUUUAGUUUACUUUUUAAUAAAUACACACAUUUUUGGUACAACAAAACUUAAUGCAUUAAAAUUUGGGACCAUGACUCACUUACUUCUGCAAAGUGACAUCUAGAAAAAUAUGAAACAUUAUUAAAUUCUCAAGCACUGCCUGCAUUGAGGGUAUCAAGGAAAUCCUUAUUGCUACAAAUUCCACAAUCCUUUUCUGUCCAAUUGUAUGGGCAUUUUUGUCUUGUGAAAUGAUUCAUGCUGCACUAGAACUGUUCAAAGUGGAAAAUGAAUCCACAGUUUUGUUUUUCACAAGGACAAAGUUGACCUUCUUUAACCACUCCCAGGUUAUUUUGUGUUUUCUUACACAAAGAGAAGUUAAAUGUAAAUUCCUUUAUUAAGCCUAUUGACUUGUAGUGUAUUAGUGAACUGCAUGCAGGAUAAUGCUAAUAUUACCGUAAAUAAUGGUAAAACUACAUUACAGAAACAAGCUAAGAGAAUAAAUAAUUUUUUUUAUUGUACGUUAUAA